UAAACCAGUAAUAAAAUCAAUAACAGCAACCAACAAACCUCAAGACAAGAUUGAAAACAUAAUAUAUAUUUCAGACAGAGAACAUAAACUUAAAUGUAAAAAACUAUAAGUUCACCACAGACAAGAACAUCAACUUGCACAUGGCGGCCAGUUCUGCUAUCUUCCUUUUCUUGACUCUCUUCAUCGUUUCUCUUCUCAUCAUCUUGGCUUUGAUCGCACAUCCUAGACCCGUCAAGAUCCCGAUAAAGUCACGCCACGUCUUCAUCACGGGUGGAUCAAGCGGCAUAGGUCUCGCUCUCGCCCACCUUGCCGCCUCCGAGGGAGCUCGAGUCUCCAUCCUCGCACGCUCCGUCUCUAAGCUGCCGAUCGCAACGUUCUCUGCCGACGUUCGUGACUACGAUGCCGUUUUUAGAGCUGUUGACCAAUCAGGGCCCAUCGAUGUGCUGAUCGUAAACCAAGGCGUGUUUAUAGAAAAGGAGCUUGAGAAACAGAGUAUGGAAGAAGUCAAGUUCAUGAUCGAUGUGAAUCUUGUGGGAAGCUUCAAUGUGAUCAAGGCUGCUUUGCCCUUAAUGAAAGGUCGUGGUGGACCUGCCUCCAUUUCUCUUGUUUCCUCUCAAGCUGGUCAGGCAGGAAUCUAUGGUUACACUGCAUACUCAGCGAGCAAGUUUGGGCUUCAGGGCUUAGCGCAAGCAUUGCAGCAAGAAGUUAUCUCUCAUGACAUUGUGUCUCUUCUGUUUCCUCCAGACACUGAUACACCUGGGUUUCAAGAAGAACAGAGGAAGAGGCCAGAGCUCACUUCCAUCAUUGCCGCAUCCUCAGGCUCGAUGAAAACCAAGGAAGUAGCCAAGAUAUGUAUGGAUGGUAUCAAAGCAGGAAAGUUCACAGUGACGUGCCAUUUCGUUGGCUACUUGCUGUCUAUUGUGACCAGUGGCAUGUCUCCUCAGAGAUCGUUUUGGCAUGCUUUCAACAAAGUUAUGUUCGGUGGUCUUGUUAGAUUCGUUGGUUUGUUUUUCCAAUGGACUUGGUAUAACACCAUAGAAAAAUGGAGCAAUAGCAAAACAAAACAUCCAAUAUCAAGUUAGCUUAUAAGCUCAUCAA